CGCACUACGUGUAAUAAUUCACUCGCCGUCAUCAGAGUUUGGUUUCUAUGUAAGCGGCGAAACAACAAGGUGUGAUUUAUCUGCUUAUUCUGACACGAUAAAUUGAAGAUGUCCGGUAAAUCGAAAUCGUUCACGAAAGAGGAGGAGCUAUUGCUGCAGGACUUCUCCAGAAAUGUCUCGACGAAAUCCUCGGCGCUAUUUUACGGCAACGCGUUGAUUGUUUCGGCCAUACCCAUCUGGCUAUUUUGGAGAAUACAUUUAAUUGAUUUAUACUCCAACUUGGUAUAUUUUAUAGUGGUUACACUAGCAAGCACAUAUUCUCUUGCACUGGCAUACAAAAAUACAAAAUUUAUCCUCAAGCAUAAGAUUGCUGUAAAAAGAGAAGAUGCUGUAACGAAAGAGAUCAAUCGUAAGCUUGCAGAGGACAAGAAAAUGAGCAAAAAGGAAAAAGAUGAAAGAAUCUUAUGGAAGAAAAAUGAAGUGGCGGAUUAUGAAGCAACAACAUUCUCAAUUUUCUACAACAAUGCUCUUUUCUUGGCGUUUGUUAUUGUAUCUUCAUUUUAUAUCUUGAAGACAUUUUCACCUGCAUUAAACUACAUAUUUUCUGUAGGAGCCACAAGCGCGCUAUUAGCAUUAUUGUCGACAGGAUCUCAAUAAUGUCUGUAUAUAUAUUAUAUUAAGUCAUCUAUAUUGUUACAUAUUUUCAUAAAAAAAUUAUUUCCAAAUUUAUUUUUUAAACUAAACAAUAAGAACGCAUUGCUCAUUGGCGCUGUUUAAUAAUAAAGAGUGUAUCGUUUAUUAUGUA